CAUCCCAAAAAACAAAGACCUGUCCGCGAGAGGGAUAGAUAGCUUCUCUCUCUCUCUCUCUCUCCUGGUUCUGGGUUUUCCCAUUCUUUGAUCUCUUCAAUUCUAUUCUUGUCACCAAAAUUCGUCGAAACUCCAUUGUAAACGUAUUUGACAGUGAUUAUUUCUUCUUUCUCUCUCCUUUGAUUACUCCUUUUCUCAUCUGGGUCAGAAUCAUUUCACUCCUUUUCAGCUUCAAGAACAAGUAAAGCUUCGGUAUUGGAGAAGAAGAUUUUACACGUUCGUGAUAAUUGGAAAUCUACACUUUGGAUCUUUUGACCAGGGAAAAGAAAAGAGAUCAGAUAAAGCCAAAAGCAGGUCGUCAAGAAGGGAAAAAAAUGCCCCCUUUGAUCUGUAUCGUUGAUUUCAGUUGCCAAUAAGGUCAAGAUCCUGAUAUAUAGAGAUACAAAAGAGUGUAAGCGUCUUUCUUUUUCUUUUCCCCCAUCUUUAUUCCACCACACGUUUCGUUUCUUGUACUUUUCUUGAUUGUUUCGGAGUGAAUUCUAAAGGGUUCCUUAGUUCUUGAUUUCAAAAGGGUUCUUCAGUUUUGGGUUUUUGAUAAUCUAUUUCUAUUUAAAAAUGCCGAUGUAUCAACCAUCUAGUCGUAGGAGGGAUGGGGAAUGGAAGAAAGAAGUGGGUGGGGGUGGCCAGGUUUUAGAUCUGGAAACCGCCGUGAAAGAUGGGAUUUUGGGGGGCGGAGGUGGGGUGGUUGCCAAGGGGGAGAAAUUGGAUCUGAAAACGAUGGUUGAACGGCUCGAUUCGAUAGAAGUCCCAUCGGUGUUCAUUUGCCCGAUUUCCUUAGAACCAAUGCAAGAUCCAGUGACCCUUUGUACUGGUCAGACCUAUGAGAGGUCUAACAUCCUCAAAUGGUUCAGUUUGGGGCAUUUGACUUGCCCCACUACAAUGCAAGAGCUUUGGGACGAUUCGAUUACGCCGAAUAAUACUCUGAGCCAUUUGAUUCAUAGUUGGUUUUCGCAGAAGUAUACGGCAAUGAAGAAGAAGGCAGAGGAUGUGCAGGGUAGGGGGUUGGAGAUUUUGGAGGUUUUGAAGAAAAAAGUUAAGGGUCAAGCUAGGGUUGAAUCCCUCAAAGAGCUUAGGCAAAUUGUCAGUAGCCAUGAUUCGGUUAAGCAAACAGUGGCGGAAAAUGGUGGGAUUGGGAUGAUUUGUUCUUUAUUGGGUCCUUUUACUUCACAUGCUGUUGGGUCUGAAGCAAUCGGGAUUCUUGUGAAGUUGGAUUUGGAUUCGGAAUCAAAGAAGAAUUUGGUGGAACCCGCGAAAGUAUCACUAAUGGUGGACAUGUUGAACGAGGGAUCGGUUGAGACGAAGAUCAACUGCGCCAAAAUGAUUGAGAUGUUGAUGGAGGGGAAGGAAUUGGAAUCAAAAAGUUUUUCUAGUUUUAGCCUUUUGGUGGGGCUAUUGAGAUUAGUGAAGGAUAAAAAACACCCAAACGGUGUAUUAGCAGGAUUCAGGUUGCUCAAGUUGGUAAUUUCUUAUGAAGGGGUGAGGAGUUCAAUUGUGAGCAUUGGGGGAGUCCCUCAAAUAGUUGAGCUUUUGCCCAAUUUGAAUUCUGAGUGUUUGGAAUUUGCUCUUUAUGUACUGGAAGCCUUAUCAAGCCUUACAGAAGGAAAAAUGUCUUUGAAAGAUUGUCCCAACACAAUCCCCAACAUGGUUAGGUUGUUAAUGAGGGUCUCAGAGAAUUGCACUCAGUUAGCGCUUACAAUCUUGUGGGGGGUUUGCGAAAUUUCACCAGAAGAGUGUGCACCGAUAGCUGUCGAUGCAGGGCUAGCAGCUAAGCUUCUUUUGGUAAUUCAGAGCGGUUGCAAUCCGGUGUUGAAGCAACGGUCUGCUGAGCUAUUGAAGUUGUGUAGUUUGAAUUGCACUACUACUCUUUUCAUUUCCAAGUGCAAGCUUACAAGAACAAUACAAUGAAGGGAAAUUUUUGGCAUAGUUGUGCAUAUGAACUAAUCAUUUUUCCUGCUAUUGUGGGAAUGAUGGGGUUGAAGAGAAGGGAUCCAAGAUGAUUACUCAAAGCAACGUGAAAUGGGUCCUGAGGUACACCCUUCUUUCACCUGUGAAUAUUCAAGAAUGUCAAAUUUUGAUCAUUUGGUUUCACAUAGGAAGCUUCAUAAUGUGAAUUUCUGGGCUCAUUUUUAUUUCCAAUGGAUUCAAUAAGCCAAUGUGAAGUUGUGUUCCAAUGGAUUCACAUGUUUAUUCAUCAAAGAUACCUUUCCGCGACAUGUCUUUGGGUUGUUUGAAAUGAUCUCAUUUUUGAGCAAUAGUGUUGGGUUCGAUGCGAAAUCUCAAGAACUCAUAUGCAUUAGAGCAGCAGCAGCAGCAGCGGCAGCUAGACUUGAAUUUGUCAAUUGUAAUUAUAGUCAAAUUUUGUAAGUUCCCUUUCCCACUGAUCCCAAUUUUCCCCUCCCCAAUGCCUUCUUUCUGAAGGUUUUGUGGGGGCUUCUCACUUAUUAGUCCAAUUUUGUUCAUUGUUCAAAGGGGUGAUUCACUACUGAGUCCCACCAUUGUAGACUUUGUGUAUGUGUUUUUGGGCUUGCAAUAGAAAAUCAACAUAAGCAAUGAGUACCCAUUCCUUUCAUA